AUGUUCCCAAUACGUGGUUCAAUGUUGGCGUUGUCAUCUCACAUCUACGUAGUCAACUCACCAACAGAGUUGUUCAGAUUCAAUGUCAAGAGUAAUCAAUGGAGCACCCAGGCGCUGGCAUGGUCCGUCGACACUGAGUCGAAUUCAAGGGUGUCCCAGACCCAAGCCGACAUCCCAAUCACAUCAGUUGACUAUAGCUCAUGUUCAGAUGGUCACUCUAUCUACGUGAUCCGCAAUGACAAGCAGGUGCUCAGUAUCCUCGCGAUAGACGUGCAGCAUGAGACUAUCCGAUGUGUUGCCGAACUGUUCCUCAAGUCAGUCAGUCUCGAGUCUUGCUGUAUGAUCGGGCAACAUCUGUUCUUCCUCGUGCACACCGAGCAAGGUGAUCAUACACUCUGUGCAUUCGAUCUCGUCAAGCAGUGCUUGGUACAGGACAUCAACAACUUGAACUCAAACUCUAGCACCGGCUCAAGUUCGAUGGGUCUGGGCGCAACUGGUGUUGGCUUUGGCAACAACAUCAACACGAGCAUUGGUAGACAACAACCACGCAACUAUAGGAUGUUGGCGCACAACUCUGAGUGCAUCUACUUCUUGAAUCAGAGUCAGCCAUUCUUUGGAGUACAGCGAGAGAGUAAAUUCUUUGCCUACAGCAUCGAGGACAAUAGUUGGCUAUCACUACCCGAGCCCAAGAACUCAAAGAUACUCCACUGCUUCCGUCUCACAUCAUGUCUCUACUGCAUUGGUGAGGACUACGCUAUUGAAGUAUUUGAUACCACAAGGAACCAAUGGUAUUAA